AGCCUGUAAUAGGAUCCGAGUAUUAAAGUCAGUUGUUGAAUAAGGAUUCAAGAAGUAUGAGACAUCAGUUCUCUGCUUUAAUCCUUCUUCUAUUUAAUUUAUGUCGGGUGGUCUCCUCACAGGAACUGGAGUUAGAUAAUCUUAUUCAACGAAUACAAGCUCAGCACCAACAACAUUCAAGGAUUUGCAUCAUUGAUCUAGUGGAUGAUCUAGAAAUGAGUUUACCAGCAGCAAGCCCUGAAAACGGAAUAAAAAUAAAACAUGCAAUCAACUUUAUCAGUUAUGAUAUGAACACUACUAUUCAAAUGACAAAGGCACCAGAGAAACUCAAAGAACUGCUAAACAAUGCUUUUGAUUUUGGGAAUAAAUGUACAUCAAAUUCAAGCAAUCUUUUAACUAAUGUGCCUAAUACACCUUUUAUAAAAGAACCAUUCCCAUCUCCUGACAAACCAGCAAGAACACCUAAUGAAGAACCAGCAAUGGAAGGACCUUCAAGACCAUUUGUUGAAGAACCUGCAAGACCUCCUAUCAAAGAAACUGAAGUACCUCCUAUUAGAGAACCUGCAGAACCUUCUACAGAAAUGCCAACAAGACCUUCAACUGAAGAACCCCAAAACUCUCCUAUUGAAGAACCCCAAAACUCUCCUAUUGAAGAAUCUGAAAAUCCUCCUAUGGAAGAACCUGCAAUACCACGUGUGGAAAAACCUGCAAGACCUCCUAACAAAGAAACUGAGGAACCUUCAAAACCUCCUACUGAAAAACCUGCAAGACCUCCAACUCAGGGAUCUUCACAACCUACAAGUAAAGAACCUACCCAACCUCCAAGUGAAGAACCAGCUCCUGAGGCAUCAACCACUUCAACACUCUUUAAACCCUCUUCGCUCCUCAAAGAUUCAAAUAAUUCAUUUCCCACAACCACAGAUAAAACUAAUAGGUAUGAGGAUUAUGGAAUUACACAAAAAUUUAUACCUUCAUUGUUUGACCGAGAUGAUGAAAAUUCCACAAAUUCUGCAGAAACAACUGGGACUGACCCUGACAAUAAUACCCCAAAAGGUAUAACUCCAAAUUCAGGGAUAUCAACCCCUCUACCUAGAGAUCUGACUCCAAUAACUACACUAAGGCCAAAAGAAAAGGAUAGAAGAACUGAAAGAUUUAAUCCUAAUUUUACUAAACCCAAAAAUAUUUCGACAUCAACCCCCUCUUUCUUCACUGUUCCAUCAGGAGAUAACUCUACUGAUUUAAAUAAAACUGUGCCAAGAGAUUACAAUGAAAACAGGAAGGAAGCUUUUGAUCCAAAUUUCUUUAACAGGAAUAAAACUGCAACAUCCACACCUUCAAACUCAAACAUAUCAAAUCUAAUAGAUGAGAUUCCUGACAGGAGACAGGGGUUUGAUCCUAAGUUUAUUCAGAAUAUGGAAAAUACUAAACCCUCUCUUCUACUAGAUCCAAAUUUUACUCCAAACACAAUUAAUUCCACCCCAUCAACACCACAAGAAAAAAAUGUCCCACAGAAAGAGAACUUUAAUCCAAGGUUUCUCAGCCCCAGGGAACCCAUAACAAGGACAAAUGAUCUUGUCACUCGGCCGCCCAGAACUAGUGUUACCUUUAUACCCAGAACAAGGAACACCCGUAAACCUAGAACAAGGAACACCCGUAAACCUAGAACAAGAAACACUCGUAAACCCAGACCAAGAAGAAAAAACUUUAUCCCGCAGAAUUCCAUUCCUAGAACAAAUAAUCUUACUACCCGGAAUCCUAGAACCAGAGGAAAUGGUUUUAACCCUCUAGAUCGCAGAAACAGGACAAAUGAAUUUUACACCACAUCUUUUGGAUAUCGGAAUCAAGAAACUGAAAACAGAACAAAUAAUUUUAACCCCACAAGUUUUGGUUUUCGGGAUCAAGGAAAUGUAAACCGAACAAACGAAUUUUACCCCACAACUUUUGAUUACCGGGAUCAAGGAAAUGAAAACCGAACACAAAAUUUUGUUCCUAAGAAUUUUACCAAUGGUUCUGGUAAUUCUUCCACAACUCCAAUUAGAAAUGAGUUAUUUUCACCCACAUUUUUAGAACCAAGAAGUACAGAGGAGUAUAUUGAAGUGGCUACAUUUGAGGAGAUUACAAGUUUAAAUAAUACACAGCCCAACAAGACCAAAGAAUUUGAACCAAAACAAUUAAAAACCAAGACAGGAGAUGCUAUUCAAGAAGCUACAUUUACUGAGAUCAGUGCAACUCCUACACUUGAUGAUUUUAAGCCUCCAACUUCUGUUAAUGAACCGGUUGAAGGAGUAAAUUCUGAAAGAGCAGGAAUUCCUAUAAUCCAGCCUGGUAAGACUGAUCCAAUUGUAACAGCUGGUAUGAAUUCAACAAACAGUACUACUGCUGAUCCAAUUGUAACAGCUGGUAUGAAUUCAACAAACAGUACUACUGAGCCACCCAUAAAGACCUUAGAUGAAUACGGGCAAGAUUUGAUGGACCCCUAUGAAAUUGGUAUCGAGCAGGAGGAGUACUCGGACAGGGUUCUUCUUGAUAACUUGCCAUCUCCUACUCCUCAGGAUCGGAAUAAAACAAUAUUCAACAUAGAUGUUGUGCAUAAGGACGGUGAUAAAAAUAAAACAUUCAACUAUGAAUACAGAAUUGAUAAUAAUGAGGAUUUUGAGGAUAACAAAUAUGAUGUGGUGCAGUAUGACAGCAACGAGCGUGGCUCCUAUAUGGAUGAUAGUGCUUACACAUAGAUUAUACAGGGUGUCCCAAUAAACACUGGAAUCAAAUUAUGAAUACGAAAUCGACGUUAUAAUAAUCGUUACUCAAUUCCCAUGUUUGUUGAUCCACCCUGUAUGUCAAGAUUGUACUUUUCUAGUGGCAUUUACUAACGGACAAAAGCAAAGCUGCCAAUCCAUAUUUGUCGGAUUCAAUGAAAAGCAUUUAGUUGAACUAGGUAGGUCUAGAUAAACUUCUUCUCUACUCAACUCACAGCACAGAGAUCAAAGAGGCUAUGGAAAUUGUGCAACAAGACCGGGUUUACUUAAAAGUGUCACAGCGCCACGAUUUACCUAAAUCCCUUAUACGUUUGUGAAAUUAUGUUGCUAUUAUAGAUAGUGUACAUUAGACCAUGUACAUUGUACAUUUUAGAACAAUAACGAGCUUAUUCUAGAUUCAAGUUAAAAAAAAAAACGUAAUUGACAAACAUUCUGAUAAAUUUUUGUACUGCAGGGUUCAGCAUUUCUAUCACUUAAAUGAAGACGACUUUUCUAUCUAUGUUUUGAUUUCUCUAAUGCUUUUUUCACGAUACAAGUAAACAAAGAGAAAUAAAAAAUUGAAAUCAAAAGUCGUCUUUAUAGUUAUAUUGAAAUAUACGACAAUUGUAUGAGAGCAAUUUUAUUUUGGAUCACAGCAUUAUCCACUCCUGAGAACUAGUUCAUCUAUCCGUUCUUAGUUCAACUACUUCUUGCAAUUCAUAAGCUCAACCUAAAACGUCAAGACCUACGAAAUAAGAGCCGCACUUACAAAUGUUGAGAUAUAACUCCGUCAGUAAAAAUUCUUUUCGUAAAAAUGCCUUUGGAAAGUACAUUCAGUUUUGACAAACAAUCCUACUUUUAUAUUCGAGAAUGAGAAUAACAUGUAACAAGAAUUGUUUUUACCAUCCUCAAUAAAAUGAUUACUUCGUGAAUCUA